CAGAACAUUCUGAAACCCCAAAAGUCAACAUGGUUGCAUGGACAGAUUUCGAGCGCACUACCAUCCAGGACAUCUUUUCCAAGAUCGAUUACGAGUCUGCUGGUCUCCAGGCACUGACAAGAUGUCUGGUCGUGUACCCAUGGACCCAGAGGUAUUUCAGUAAAUUUGGAAACCUGUAUAACGCCGCUGCCAUCGCAGGAAAUCCCAAUGUUGCUGCCCACGGCUUGACUGUAAUGCGUGGUCUGGAGAAAGCUGUGAAGAACCUGGACAACAUUAAGGGCACUUACGCUGAACUGAGUGUGCUGCACUCUGAAAAACUGCAUGUGGAUCCCGAUAACUUCAGGCUGCUGGCUGACUGCAUCACCAUUGUAGUUGCCUCGACCCUGGGUGCUGGCUUCACAGCUGAAGUGCAGGCAGCUCUGCAGAAGUUCCUGGCUGUCGUAGUCUCCGCACUCGGAAAACAGUACCAUUAAAUG